AUUUUCGGACUUUUGGCUGGCGACUUAGAAGAUAAGCAAACUGAGUACCAUCGGUACAAGCAAGAACUAGAUACAAUUGGCAAAUUUUAUGCCGAAGUAUCUGAACCUGGACAGGAAGUGAUAAGGUGGAAAAAUGCUUUUAAGCUAUACUCCAUGAAACACCUUGAGACUCUAUGUAUUAUUGAGUACACCAACUACCCUGCAACCUGCGCUCUUGUAGUGGGAACGACUGCGUGUCUGUUGAAAAGUAAACAGUCAACGGUAAUAAAUCGUUUUUGGAAACUUCAAAAUGAAAGACAAAAUAUUGUGGUGAAGAAUGCAUUGAUUGAGGAUAAAACCAAUAUGCAAGAGAACAAGGCAAAGGCGAAGGUUCGGAAGUUGCAGGCGGACCAACACGUAACCAUUGCUACGGUAACAACGGGACAAAUUCAACAAUAUGCUAGGUCAACAACUACCAAGAUCUCGAAGAAGUUUCUUGAUGAAAAAGAAAGGACAGUAAAGCGUACCAGAACGUAUAAGGAAAGUGAUAACAAUGAUAAUACCGAAAAUGAUCAUUUAUUGUUAUCAGAUGAAAAAUCUCUGUUAGGUAGAAAUGAUACGAAAGAUGGAACUCAAACACCUCCUCAUCAAAUCACCGGAAACACUUUCUUCGCUCAAUCCUCAGCCAGUGAAACCCAUGAAAGCAUCCUUAGGGCUUCUUCUGAGAAUUUAACGGGCUUAGAUGAGGUUAAGUAUUUCAAAGAAUUCAUUCCACUCUUCGAAGAAUACAAAGAUUGUGAAAAAAAUAAUGUGUACUCUUGCACCAAUGAUGAUGUCAUGAAAAUCAGAGGUGAUGGCGGUUUUGCGAAAUUUUUAACAACUGAAGAGUACACAAAACUACUUUCCCUACGACCAAAAAGGAGUGCAGUGUUACCAAAUUGUUGGCAUGAAGUCAUAAAGGAGUAUUAUAAGGAGUCUUUAACUGAAGACGGACCAAAGAAAACAAUUUCCGACUGGAUAUAUAGAGUAAUGCUACCUUUAAUCGAGUCAUUCCUUAAACCUAUUCCGGACAUUAGUGCCCAAAACAGUAGUGAACAUCACUAUUGGUCGGAGUUCGGACAUCGUUUUUUCUCUUAUGCUUUACAAGAAUUUGCAGGUUUAGAUUGGCGAGCAAUGGAAGUCCCCGUACGUGCAUCUAAGUACAGAAAAAACCACGAGCUUGAUCAUUCAGUAUAUAAAGUGGUUGAAGGAAAAUGCGCCGAUUUGCUGGCUUGGUCUUGGGAGACGGGAGAGGAAAUUUUUGUUGGAGAGCAAGCAGGACCACCCACUAAACCUGACUUAACAAAGCUCUCUAUGGACUCUUUCAAAUUUUAUAGAGAAUUAAGGGAUUGUCUGAAUGUCCGCAUAUUAAAUGCAAUGAAAAUCGGAGAUGUUAGUUACACUAAUCGUGCUGUUUUUGGAAUACUUGGAUAUUUGUUCGAAGUUAAGAUGUUAAUUAUGUGGAAAGAUGGUGUAUAUAUAUAUGAGGAGUUUGGGAGUUUCACUGUAGCUUCUCAUUCGAAAAAUAUUCAUAUGAUGAAAUCGGGAAUAUUAAAAUUAUUAGAAUUUAUUAUGGUCAUUAAGACGGAAUUGAAAUAUACUGCGGAAAUAGAAAAUGAUAAUGAUAAAGCUCAGAUCCUGAAAAGAAAAUUUAGUGAUUUUAUUCAAACAAAGCCAUCGCCAAUAAAGGUCGCAAAGGUUAAGAAGUGA